AGAAUGUGACUGAAACGAAUCGAAAUGAAACGAAAGAAGAAGAAGAAGAAGAAGAAAAAGGGAAAAAAACAACGCAAGCAACAGUAGUACGAUGUGCAGAAUCUGCACACAUCGCAGUAAUACAUACGAGCAUACUCCAUUUGAGCAUGAUAUCAUGCAAAAAAUAUUUUUGUGUCGAAAUAUUUUCAUUUGACCCAGCCAAAAAUUUUUCUAAUUUUUGUUUCCAUGAAUUUUUCUUUAGAAAAAAAAAACAUGAAUGUAUAAAUAAAUGUAGUGUGUUUGUGGCACCAUCAGAAGAGAGUUUAGUGUAGUUUAUGUGUUUUGUUUAUAAACUCAUUUUCCAUUUGUGUUCCGUUUGAUUCUGAACCAUCACCAUUGAGAGGAGAGCGUAAAGAACAUUGAAAACAUCAUCUAGCACUUCACCAAACGAUAGUCGAUAUUGAUUUAUUUGACGGGGGGUGUGAUUUGAAACGAUUUUUUUUCUCAUCGUGUUGAAAAUAAAUAUUUAAAAUAAAUUAAACGAAAAAUCAAAAUGCCUCCGCAAAAGUGGUCAACGAAUACAGCAUCGACCAAAUAUAUCACCGAUGAGAUGUUGGCACCGUUUGUAUCCAGCAUUUUACCUACCUCACAAAUCGAGCUGACAUUAAGCUGCAGAAAUCUUAUAAAUACGGAUAUCCUAAGCAAGUCGGAUCCGUAUUGCGUGAUUUCUACAAAAGAACCGUGGCAAGAUCAAUACUAUGAAAUUGCACGCACCGAGACAAUUGACGAUACGCUUCAUCCAUCAUGGGUGAAAAAAGUGAUUUUAAAUUACAACUUUGAGACGAUACAAAAAAUUCACUUUGAAGUUCGUGAUGAAGACGUGCAAGGAUACGAUUUUUUGGGUUCAUUCGAAACGACAUUGAGUGAUUUGGUUUCAUAUUCGGGGCGUCAAUAUAUUGGAAAAUUGAAGGGAAUGUCCAUUCAGAAUUGUGGUGACAUUGUCAUCGUUAGUGAAGAGGUUUCAAGUUGCAAGCAAAUUGUCCAGAUUAAAUUUCGUGCAGAGCAGCUACCGAAACUUGGAUGGGUGUAUAGUAAUGAUCCGUUUUUGGUAAUUUCACGAAGCAACGAAGAUGGAUCCUAUUCAGUGGUUGCCAAAACGGAGCCCGUAAAGGGAACGCAAAGCCCAGACUGGCAAGCAUUUACCAUUCGCGCCACAACACUAUGCAACGGUGACUUUGAACGCACCAUCAAAAUUGAUUGCUACGACCACCGGAGUAAUGGCAGUCACAAGCUGAUUGGAACGUGUCAUACAUCGUUGAAAAGCCUACUCGCACAAAACGAAUCAAUGGUGUUUGUGAACGAAGAGAAGAGAAAGGCCGACCCAAGUCGUGGCUCGGCCGGCGUACUAAAAGUUGACAAAAUUGACAUCACCGAAGAAGUGACAUUCUUGGAUUACAUUCGUAAUGGGACACAAAUGCAUUUUGCCGUUGCUAUCGAUUUUACUGCAUCAAAUGGUGUUCAUACCGACCCAAAUUCGCUGCAUUUUCUCAGCCCAAACCGACUAAACUGCUAUGAAGUUGCAUUGCGUGGUAUUGGGGAAAUUAUCCAACAUUAUGACAGUUCACAACUAUUUCCGGCUUUUGGUUUUGGCGCCAAAUUACCUCCAACGGGCAAUGUUUCACAUCAGUUCCCUUUGAAUGGAAAUCCCUCCCAUCCAUACUGCUCUAGUAUCGAAGAAAUACUUGUACAUUAUCGUACCCAACUGAACGCCGUACAACUGUAUGGACCUACCAACUUCGCUCCGGUGAUAAAUAAUACGAUUUCAAUUGCAACUCAAUUUCAAGACGGACGUCAUUACUUUGUGCUAUUGAUAAUCACGGACGGAAUCAUUUCUGAUAUGCAUCAAACGAAACGCGCCAUAAUAAAUGCAUCCGCUCUGCCAAUUUCGAUAAUCAUCGUCGGCGUUGGAAAUGCUGAAUUCGAUAACAUGGAUGAACUAGACUCGGACGACGUUCGUUUGAGUGCUGAUGGUCGUUACGCCGAACGAGAUAUCGUGCAGUUUGUUCCAUUGAACAAAUUCCUUUCAAAUAGUGGACCAAAUCAAUAUAUAAAAUCUCAGGCCGAUUUAGCCAAGGAGGUCUUAGCAGAGAUCCCUGAGCAGUUGACCUCUUUCAUGAAAUCCCGUGGAAUAAAACCACAACAACCAGCUACACAAAAUAUGUCAACCGACGGUGUACAACCAACAGCACCCAUGUCUUAAUUCUGUGUCAUUUUUGAAACCAGCAAACCAAAGAACUAACUUUAAUUAUUGACUUUGUUAUGGGCACACACACACUCACUCAUUCCACUAUUUCGCUCUCUAUCACGAACAAGCUGGAACUUUUCAAGCUUUUAAUAACCUACUCAGGUUUCUAUUGAUGUACAAACUCUUUAUGUGUUUAUUACAAACACGAAUAUUGAAAUAUUGAAUGUUGAAUGUUUUUAUUUCAGUCGAUUUGUCUGUGCGCGAUUAACAAUCACAUUCUUCGAAAUGUUUAUAUAGUAUAUCGUGUAUGUUGCAGCUUUUUUCUUUAUCAGGAGGUGUUGUGAUUUUUACAGUAAACACUUUAUUCGUAUGGUAUAUGGUAUAUGGUGUCGGAGUAAAAAAUAACAAUAAAGACAAUUUCUUACAAUCAUCGUCUAUUUUGAGGUGUACAAUCAAAUGUUUUCUAUUUCUACUUUCAAAUAUGCACAAAUAACGAAUAAAAAAAUAAAGAACAUUUUCAAUACA